AUGUACUGCAAAUACUGUAAAGGGCAGAAGCAAGCAGGGAAUUCGGCAUUUGUGACUGGAAACCAGCACUUUAAAAAAGACAGUCUCACGAAACACAACAUAUCUAAACGGCACAUCGCCUGCAGAGACGGUUAUUUAAUUCGACAGAACAAAGGCUCGAUGGUGGACGCAGCCCUGGUUAGACAGGUGAAGAUUUUGGAGAUGGAGGCAAUGAGACAGCUCAAGAUCAAAAUGAACAUUGCCUACUUCAUCGCCAAGGAGGAAGAGCCGUUUGUGAGAUUUGGGCCACUUAUCACCCUGCACAAGAAGAAUGGCAUUGAUGUGAACCCAACUUACGACAACCACGUGAGAUGUGCGGAAAUGAUUGGACAAAUUGCUGAUCUCUUGAAAGAGAGCCUAACUGCUCAACUGAGAACAGCAAAGUACCUUGCAGUCCUCAUCGAUGGAGACACUGACAUAUCAAACAUUGAGUGUGAGAUUGUCUAUGUGCGUCUGGUGGAGGGUGGGAAACCAGUCACUCUACUGGUUGGCCAACAGGCUCUUGAACACUCCCAUGCCAUUGGUGUUCUGGAUGCAACCAAGGCUGCAUUCAGUGCAGUUUACCCCGAGGACAAUGGGGGGUCGUGGUUGGCGAAGCUCAUCAGCUUUGGGGCAGAUGGUGCCUCAGUGAAUAUGGGCCACCGUGGAGGAGUGAUUGCUCUCCUCCAAAGAGAGGCAGGGGAGCAUAUUAUCCCCAUCCACUGCAUGCCACACAGACUAGAGUUGGCAAUCCUGACCCUGCAGAAGAAGGAACCAAUGGUGUGCCAGGUGUACGAUCUCCUGCAUCUCGUGUGGAAGACCUACCACUUCAGUGGAAAAUCCAAAAGAGAGCUCCAUCAACUAGGGCAAGAGCUUGGUGUGAAGGUCUGCACACCGUCUACCGUCAAGGGGACACGCUGGAUUCCUCAUGUCCACAGAGCCCUCAAAGUGUUCCUGCGAUAUGGAACAGAUACUGACCUUGCCACAGGCCAUGGCCAGUACUCCAUUGUUCUGCAGCACAUGGAGCACCUGGCUGUUGCAGGAUCAGUGGAGAUUCAAGGACAGGCAAAGCAGGUAAAGAGAGGGAUGGAGAGUGCACUUUGUGUAUUCUGCCAUUUUCUCGCUGACGUCUUCGAGGAGCUGUCUUCAUUUAGCCUGACCCUGCAGAGAAAAGACCUGAUCCUCCCCCAAGCAACGUCAGAACUGAAGAAGACUGUGACCAGACUGGAAGCAUUUAAGUCCAGGGCAAAGUCAGGAGGCAUGCUCGAGAAGAUCCAGGCCAUGCUUGCUCAGCAUGGAGAGGAAGAUGAGUGUAGAUUCCAGGGAAUAUCACUGAAGGGGAAUCUCACAGGUCUUGCUGACUUCACCCACCCCCAGCUGAAGAAGCAUGUGGAAUCAGCCAUCAACAUCUGCGUGUCUGAACUGAAAGACCGGUUUGGUGGGCUUUUGGACGAUGGGGCUGAUGUCAGGACCCCAGUACAGGCCUUCAAAGUCUUCAACCAUGACACAUGGCCUGAUGACCAUGCCAGCCUUCUGACGUUUGGUGAUGAAGACGUGGCAGAAUUGGUGGCGCAUUUCAGAGAGCCUCUCAGCAGAUCAGGGUGUGACCUGGCAGCUGUUCAGAAUGAGUGGCAGGGACUGAAGAUCUUGGUCAGUCAACACUUCAAAGACAAGCACUACAGUGGCCUGUGGGAGACCAUGCUUACCAAGGAGCCAUACAGAGAGGAUUAUAAGAACAUACUGGAGUUGGUGCACAUGAUGCUGGUGCUGCCCAUUUCAGCUGCCCAGUGUGAGAGGGGUUUCUCCGCACAAAACCGAAUUAAGAACAGCAAACGAAGCUGCCUAGCAGUGAGCACAACUGAGGACCUCAUGAGAAUCAGCCUGGAGGGACCAUCUCUGGAAGACUUUGAUCCAAGCCCUGCUGUGGACCGCUGGAUGGACUCAGCAAAGUGUAGCAGGCGGCCAGAUUACAAAAUAUGGGAACAGGACAUUGAGCACAAGUGCUCCUUGUGA